GUCACAAAGUUGUUUAACGUGCACCGGAACAGUACAUACUGCACAGCUGAAUCGAUUCGAAAUUCGUUUAUAUAUUUACCGGUAGAUCAUAUAUACAUACAAAAAUAAAGAUCGUCAAAGUACAAAUAAUAAAAAGAAAUUGAGAAAUUCGUUAUUGUGCAAAUCUUGCUAAAGAUUUUCGGUCGGCUGUGUGUACCUUAAAACCUUUUGUAAAGGAAAGAGAUAAUAAUAACAAACAAUUAAAGAUCAAUUAAGUAAUAAUCGAAUGAUAGCCGAUCUUUUGUGUACAACACGUAUAUUGUAUGCGAUUUGUGAUUGCAUAAGAUUUUUUCAGAUUUUUUUUGGGAUACCUAUAAUAUAACAACAAUACCUGAUUAAAUCCAUUAUACACGGUUGAGGUAUAGCGAAAGAAAGUGACAUAAAUCUGAAUAUAUAUCUAGAUAUUACAAUAUAAUACAGACAACCGUGUCGUUACCAUACGCUGUGUAUAUUCAUCAGUAUUAUUGGUUUUAUUAAAUAAUGGUGAGAAAAAUGAAAGUGGUUUGAAUAAAGAAUUUGGCAAACCUAAAUUGUGGCUCAGUUAAAGUUAAAAUGAACGUUACCACAAACAACAUACACUCAUUUCGGUUGCGCUUAUUUGCGAUGAUAUAAUUUGUGGUCAAGUUGAUGUGUUAUUAUAUGUGUACCUGAACUUAAAAAAACUGCAACAAAUAAAGUUAUGCUCGAACGGGUUUCGUAUGAAAAUAAAUGUCCAGAUAAGUAGUUACAUCCAGGAAAAAAAAACUUUCGUAAUUACGUGUCGUUAUCAAUAAGCAACAAUCCAACCAAGUACUAUCAAAGAUGAACCUGUGGCUAAGACCAAGUUUUUGGUUUUUAUCGAUCAUACAUAUUUUACUGAACGGUGCCGACGCUCAACGACAUAUUACGAAUACAACAAAAUUUCACCGAUUUUCCAACGAACUUCAAACCACACUGAAACCAUCAUCAGCUGCUAGAGAAACCUACCUAGCCAGUUCGUCAUUACUGUAUGGUUUACUCAAGAAAUUGAAUGAUAGCUAUGUCACUGACACAUGUAACGAACAUCUUCAAAUGGUCUACGAAGGAAUUCAGCAUCAAGACAUUUGGGCCAUGAAGGUUCUUGAUUCUUCGGCCCAAUUUGAACCAGGAUUUAUUUUCGGAAAUAAUUUUCUGUUGGGCUCACUCAAAGAAUGUCAAUGGUUGAGAGGCACUCAUUCGGUGACACUGUCGAAACGCUUUAUGCGUAACAUGAAAACGAAUCUGCUAGAAAGUGUUGGACCAUUCGAUUUGGAGUACAAUGUGGUUUAUGCUGAACAUGAUUCGCCAUGGCAAAUUCAAACUGAAUUCUUGUUGACACGGAAAGUACUUCAAAUUGGGCUAUGCCUGCCGAAAUCUUGCAGUUCCACCGACGUGUGGAACAUUACACAGAAUUAUUUUGACGAAGAAACCGUUGGAUUCAUAUCGCAAUAUGAACUUCAACCGAGAGUGGUGCGUGUAAAGACCCUGAAUGUGGAGACGAAUUUUUUCAAGAAAACCAGCGCUCGGUUAUUGGGAGCAUUCCUCUUCAUUACGCUUCUCCUAACACUGAUGUCGCAAACUGGCUCAAACACUUGCCAAAAACAUCCGGAGAGUUCUUGUUGCCACGGAAUGGAUGAUAACAACAACGAUAAUUCCACCGAUCUCGUCAAGGCAAAGGAAAAGGUAAAUUUCUUUGCGCAAUUUGUUGGUAAUGUUCAAUGUGUCUGUAUCUAUCCAGAACAGGAAGUCUCUUUACCAGCUAGUUUGCUGAAAUGCUUUUCGAUCAAAGACAAUUUUGAAUUUAUUUUAUCCACCAAACCAUCAUCGGAAUCGGUUCCAACGGUAAAUGGACUCAAGUCGAUUGGAUGUUUUCUGAUUUUGAUUUUCCAUAUGAACUGGUUCUCCCACUUCAGUGUGCAUAAUCCGGUCAUGCUGUUUGCGUAUGGGGAGCAACCGUUUUAUCAAUGGGCUAGUACGACCCCGUUGAUUGUGGACAUAUUUUUUACCAUCAGUGGAUUGUUGUUGUCCUACAAUUUCCUAAGGAACCAGAAGACUUUGUCUACAAUCCGGGAAAAUUCCUUCUGGCAAAAUUGCAAAUUUUUCGUGAAACAAAUCAUGCAUCGGUACUUAAGACUUACACCACUCUACAUUGUUGUUAUGGGAGCAACGGAAAUCGCGACGGCAUAUCUACACGAAACAUCACCGUUCUGGAUCGAAGACCGAAACGAUUUGACGUGUCAGAAUCACUGGUGGCGAAAUCUACUGUACAUUCAGAAUCUGUAUCCGGUUAAAGAGUUCUGUCUCAACUGGACGUGGUCACUGGCGUGUGAAAUGCAAUUUUUCAUCAUUUUCACAUUCAUGCUGUUUCUUUAUGCGAAAUAUCCGGAGCUGACCAAGAAGAUCUUCGUUGCGUUGUUCGUUUCCUUUACUGUGAUAGUGUAUUUUGUAGCGUAUAGAACUAAAUUUGAACCGGCAUACGAUGUUAUGCAUGAACUGGGCGAUGAUAUGUAUACGUCACCAUGGACAAGGAUAUUGCCGUAUUUGAUCGGUGUGGGAAGUGGUUGGAUUUUGUUGAAUCGCAAAGACACGCUGAAUAUUGACAAGAAAUCAACAAAUUAUUUAUUUUUGGUGGCAAUUUCAAUCAUUGCAGCCUGUCAUUGCUCUGCAAUAAACCGUGGACUAUCAUACAAACUAGCAGCUCCACUAAUUACGAUGAUAAGAAUAUUUUAUUCGGGUGCAACUGCUUGGAUAAUACUCGCCAGCACUAGUGCGAAUAGUGUACCAAUUGCCAAAUUUCUGAACCAUACAUUUUUUGUUCAUUUGAACAAACUGUCGUAUGGAAUUUAUUUAUUGAAUCCGGUUGUAGUGGCAUUGGUCUACGGUUUUAAAGAUGACAGUGAGCACUUUGCACCAAUCACGUUGUCCGUCAUGUCUAUUGGUGUAUCGGUUAUUGUUUACUUAUUAGCAUUUGUCAGCUCGUUGCUGUUUGAAGUACCAUACUCAAGGAUCUCGUCAUUACUUAAAAAUUAUAAAAGCAAAACGCUGUAAGACAUUGGUAAAUAAAUGAAACCUAGAAAGAACCAA